GGCAGGCUGUCGUCGAGUCGUCGCUCGGUCAAUUCUUCCAUGUCUCCCCGGGUCGAGUCGAGCGGAGGGAACGAAAAACAAAACAGGAAGUGCAGCGCAAGUACAAAAAGCCACAGCUCAACCAGACAGUCCCCGGUCGGAGAGAAGAAGAUGUCUGCGAUGCAGGAGAUCAGUCCGCAUGUGAGGAACAUGAAGCAGUUGCAGUAUGCCGUCUUAGCCAAACGAGCAAGCCGGAUAAAGGAAGAGCUCAGACAGGGCGUGAGAAAGCCGUUCAAAGAACUGAUAGAAGUCUGCUGGGGCGACCCGCACAGAGGCGGCGUGAAGCCUCUGACAUUUGUCCAACAGGUUCUUGCAGGAUGUGUUUACCCGCAGCUCGUGGACAGCGACAAACUGCCAGUGGACGUCAGACAGCGAGCCGAGCUGCUGCUCAAGGGAUGUGCAGGAGGGAGCGUAGGUUCCUACACUGCUACACGGGGCAUCCCAGAGAUAGUUCACAGAAUCUCUGAAUUCAUAACGAGCCGAGACGGCGGCGCUCCGUCUCACCCGGAGAACAUUUACAUCAGCCCCGGCUCGCAGUGGAGCCUCAUGAACGUUCUCAACGUCUUGGUGGACGGCGAGGCGUCGCCCAGAACCGGCGUGCUGACCCCGAGGCCGUGCUACCUCUCCUCCAACCUGUCGAUGGUCGGGCUGGGCGCCGUCACCGUUCCCUACGACCUCUGCGAGGAGCGGGGGUGGGAGCUGCGGGUGGAGGAGCUGCACGGAGCGCUGGAGUCUGCCAAAGGGGUCUGCAGGCCUGUGGCCCUGUACGUCAUCAACCCGGGGAACCCCACAGGCCACGUCCAAAGCAGGGAGUCGAUGCAGGAGGUGAUCCGGUUCGUUUCAGAGAAGAGGCUCUUCCUUCUGGCCGAUGAGGUCUAUCAGGACUGUGUCUACGGAGAACAGAGUGAGUUUCUCUCUUACAAGAGGGUCCUGAUGGAGAUGGGUCCUCCUCUCUCAGACACAGUGGAGCUGGCGUCCUUCCACUCUGCAUCCAAAGGCUUCAUGGGGGAGUGUGGUCUGCGUGGCGGAUACGUGGAGCUGGUGAAUCUGGAUCCUGCCGUCAUGAAAUGCAUCUACAAACUGUUCUCAACAGACAGCUGCGCUCCCGUGUUGGGUCAGUUUGCUCUGGAUCUGUUGGCGAAGCCCCCACAACCAGGAGACCCCUCGUACCCACUUUACAGAGAGGAGACGCAGCACAUCAGGAGCAUGUUGGUCCGGAACGUGAAGCGAGUCUUCGAGGUUGUAAACGGUCUGCCGGGUUUGUGCUGCCAGCCGGUGGAAGGAGGAGCAUUCGCCUUCCCCAGACUGCACCUUCCGCCUGAAGCCAUUCAGAGGGCCGAGGAGAUGGGGAUGCAGCCCGACGUGUUCUACUGCACCCGACUGCUGGAGGAGGCCGGUGUGUUCGUCAGUCCUGGUUGUGAAUAUGAACCCAAGAAAGGCACCUACCACUUCAGAUUUUGCAUUAUGGUUCCGGAGGAAGUUAUGGAAGAACUACUGAGGCGCCUGAGCAGCUUCCACACACAGUUCAUGAAAGAUUUCUCUUAAAAAAGGUUAAUGAGCAACAUCUCCCUAAAAUACAAUGUGUAAUCCCUCUCCACCAUAUAUUUACGUUUAUUGCUAAGCAUCAUGGGAGAACAUUUGACCGACGUUUGGGUGUAAACAAUCAUUUUAUGAUCCAUCUUUCUGCAUCUUAAUAAUUCCUUCAAGCAAUAGAAGAGAUUCAUUCUUUCGCAUUGUGUCGCAAAUAUUUAUUGCAAUAAAUAUGACAAAUUA